AUGAGUAGUCGAAUAAUCGUUGUGGGAGCCUACCUUUUAUGUAUGGUGAUUCCGGCAUGGUCCUUUGUCAACCAAUUUGGCGUCACUCGUCGAGCCCACAACGGGGUCUGCUUUGUGCCACAGCCAGGUCAAUACAAACAGCGCGCUUUCCCACCCUUGUUUGCUGGGCCUGGACGACCCAGGAAAAAUCCCGUUCAAGACGAUGAUGAUUUUGAGCCAGAUCCAGCAGAAUUGGAAGGUCUUGGAAUAGAAGCUGAGAUGGACGUACCUGAUGCAGUUGUUUCGACUCCUGAUGACGAUGAGGAUGAAGAUGACACUGUUGUAGCUGUUAACGACGAUGAUGAUGACGAUGACGACGAAGAUGACAUUGAUGAAGAUAUUGAUAUUUGGGAAGAAGAUGAUGAUGACGAUGAUGUCAUCGUAGCAGAAGGCGAUAUUGAGCUCGAAGAAGAAUGGGAAGAAGAUGGCACUGCCUCCUCAUACCUUAAGUCGGAAGGCGGUUCCGAUGAAGAAGAAUGGGAAGAGGAAGAAGAGAUUCCAUUGAAGGAUGAUCCUGAUGAUCCGAACUACACGGCACAGAAGAAGAUUUUGGAAGAGACAUUGGAGCGAAGAACAGAAGCAGAAGAGCUUGCAAAUUUUGACGAAGUUGACUUCAUCAUGAACAAGAUGCCACCAGAGAUGGCGGAGGCCAUGGAAGAGACAGAUAUUCAAAAGCAGACCAACGCCAAGGUUGCCGAACUGAUGAGUGAGAUUGACGAGAGCGAGAUCGAAAAGAUGGACUAUGAUGAAGUUAUGGCCAACACUACUAGCUACUUGGACGAGCCUUAUGAAAACGAGGGUGAAGAGAACAUUAUGGGCACUGGGCUCAGCGAUGAUCUCUUGGAAAAGUAUGACGCCGCUCUGAAGGAAGCUCGGGCAACGAUUGCAAAAGAGCCUUGGGACAAGGUCAAUGACAAGGCACAAAAGCAGGACUGGGCCCAAUUGUCUAAUCAAACAAUAGAAGAAAUGGAUGCUUGUUUGGACGAGAUUGGUGGAUCCUCGUACAACUGUACAAACUGGCUGCUUUACGACUUGGACUUUAAUGUUUCCAACCUUAUCUUGGCGGCUGUCAAGCACAACCGCGAGGCUCCAAUUCUUUUCCAACACUGGUAUCCACAGCUUAUGACCUAUGAACGUUACCAACACGCUCGAGAUCGCGAGUUUGACUUCAAUUGGGAUGAUGUCGAAAAUGCCGACAUGGAAGAAUUGGAGCGAUAUUACAUGGGUUUUGGGUACAGCGAAAUUCCCGACAAGGCUCCUGCUGAAACUGGUAUCAUCAGUCUAGACGAGAUGGACGAAGAAGAAAUGAAAAUGGCGGCCUUCGAGAAUUGGGUGAAGGAAGUAUACAAUCCAGAGUGGGAUAAGAAAGACUUUGACGACGAUAGCUUUCAAGACGAAGACAACGUCUUUUCCCACUUUUACGAAGCUCCGCAGCAUCCCGAUUUGCCAGCGUUUGACGAUGCCUUGGAAGAUAUUGCCCAAUGGGAAGCAGAAACGGAUGACGAUGAAAACACCCCCGAAGAGUACGCCCGCAUGAUGGGACAUUCCACCAAGUACAAGCAUAUUGACGACAAGGAGUUUGAACGCGAAUUCCGUGGCCACUUGGUCGUUGCCUGCGCCCCAGAGGACGAGGACUUGGAGAUUGCUGAAAAGAUUACCAAGCGCAUGGACGAGGAGCAUGGAAAGAAGGUCCACGUGGAAACACGCGUGCUGGCUCAUGCCAGGGAAGAGGACUGUGUCUUUGAGGUCUGGUUAGAGAGUUAUGAAAUUGAUCUCUUGCACUCGAAGAAGCGUGCAACCGGCAAUGACGAAGACUGGGAAGGACCAGCUGUUUGUGAUGAUGCGCAAAUCGAAUAUCUCGUAAAGGAAGUUGGCUUCUUGAUAAGCGAUCAAGCGAGAUACAGCUAUAGGUAUGAAACCACAGACCGAGAUAGCGGUUAG